AUGUCAUCAUCCGAAAAGACGGGCGAAAGACGUCCCUCCACCUCGAAAGGAAACCGCAUCAGCCAAUUCUUUUCCUCGAGCCCCAAGUCCAAGGACCAUACCUCGGCCCAGCAGGCGCUGCUCGCCAUGCAGCAGCAACAGCAGCAGCAACCGGCUGUGGUCCAACAACAGCAGAUUCAGGCCAACGGCUUGCCAGCCGGCAUCUCGCCUCCAUCAACUUCUCUCCCUAUAAUCUCCUUGUCUACCGCUGUCGCGGGCGACCACAACAGCUCUGAGCCACCAACCACGACGCUGUUCCGACCCAAGUCUGCUGAGGAAAUGGAGAGAAAGAGACGAGCCGAUUCUCAGUUUGGUCCCCUCUGCCAUUCAAGCCAUCUCUAUGUCAGCAAGUCGCAUGGUGUGCCUCUGGAACCGCCGAUCGAAGACGAGCCUCCAUAUUACUUCCUUCUCACGACCUACAUUAGCUAUCUACUUCUUAUCCUCGUGGGUCAUAUUUGCGACUUCUUCGGCAAGAGGUUCGGAGACAAGAAACAUUACGACUCUCUGAAAGUACAGAAUGGCUAUGCUCCUCUGAAUGAUGACUUCGACAGCUUUUACACCAGACGAUUGAAGAUGAGACUGGACGAUUGCUUUGCCCGGCCAACCAUCGGUGUCCCUGGACGAUACAUUACCCUGAUGGACCGCAAGUCCAGCGACAACAAUCGGUCCUAUCAGUACACUGGUACCUAUACCGAGACUCUGAACAUGAGCUCUUACAAUUACUUGGGAUUUGCCCAAUCCGAAGGGCCCUGUGCCGAUGCUGUCGAGGAGUGUGUAAAGCGAUAUGGCGUUACCACUAGCAGCCCCCGUGGCGAUGCUGGCACCACUGAUUUGGCACUCGAGGUUGAACGGGAGGUUGCUUCAUUUGUUGGCAAACCCGAUGCGAUGGUUUUCUCCAUGGGUUACGUAACCAAUGCCAGCUCGUUCCCAGCCCUCGCCUCCAAGGGUUGCCUCAUCAUCUCUGACGAAUUGAAUCACGCUUCGAUUCGUAUCGGAGCCCGUCUUUCCGGUGCUGUCAUUCAAUCCUUCAAACACAAUGACAUGAAUGACUUGGAAAGAGUUCUGCGAGAAAAUAUCUCCCAGGGUCAGCCUCGUACUCACCGCCCGUGGAAAAAGAUUCUGGUUGUUGUUGAAGGCUUGUACUCCAUGGAAGGCACCAUGUGUGAUCUGCCAGGCAUCCUGUCCCUCAAGAAGAAGUACAAGUUUUAUCUUUUUGUUGAUGAGGCCCACUCUAUUGGUGCUUUGGGACCUCGUGGCCGUGGCGUUUGUGACUACUUUGGCAUUGAUCCUUCAGAAGUCGAUAUUCUGAUGGGCACGCUGACCAAAUCUUUUGGUGCCAAUGGCGGCUAUAUUGCCGCUGAGAAGCACAUUAUCGACAAAUUGAGAAGCACGAAUGCAUCCACCCAGUAUGGAGAGUCCCCUGCUCCAUGUGUCCUGAUGCAGAUUCUGGCGUCUUUGAAGCUCAUCACGGGUGAACUGUGCCCUGGACAAGGCGAAGAACGUUUGCAGCGCAUUGCCUUUAACUCCCGUUACCUUCGACUUGGUCUCAAGCGUCUUGGCUAUAUUGUUUAUGGACAUGAUGAUUCGCCUAUUAUCCCAAUCAUGCUUUACAACCCUGGAAAGAUGCCAGCUUUCAGCCGCGAAAUGCUAAAACGCAAGAUUUCCGUGGUUGUGGUCGGAUACCCUGCUACACCCCUAAUCAGCUCCCGUGCUCGAUUCUGUGUCUCCGCAGCCCACAACAAGGACGACUUGGACAGACUUUUGGCUGCCUGCGACGAAGUAGCAGAUGUGAUUCAACUGAAGUUCUCUACUGGUGUUGCUGGAGGCCUUGAACCUCUCCCUGCGGGCGUCGACGUCACCCCUGACGAAGAGAAGGAAUGGAGACGGGUCAACGGCAUCCCCCUCAAUCCUCCUCGCUGGACAGUGGAAGACAUCACGCGUUGCGGUGUCCGCGACGCCAAGCGCCCCUUGAGGUAA